CCGAGACGUUGCUGAGCUGGUGCGAGGCUGGUCCGCUCGACAUCGCUCGUGAGGAGGAGGGACGCCGAGGAUCUGGUCAUGGUGCGACACUGUCUUGUUCGUUUCGAAGGAGAUGAGUUUCAUGCUGGUUCAACGUUCGAUGGACAUGGCCGAGCCUCUCUGAAUGCUGCUCGUCUGAAUAUACGGGGAGCGGGUCUGGAUCGAGGAAGGAAGUGAGCACCAAAGGGAGGCAUAUCGCUUCGGCUAUCAAGCGCUAUCGAGCAUUUCCAGCGUCGAGCUUCGUUUGCAAGCGCGCGCCAGUCAAGACACAGCAAAGCAGGCCGAGCAAGCCUCGACAUGGCGACAGGGCCUGCUUCCCCUGACCUUGAAGACGAUGCCAGAGCUCUUCACCGAUCGACAGAGCGCAAGAUGGAAGCGGCGGUCCAGCUCCUCGAUCAAGUCUGCGCCUAUUCCUCUCAAUCCCUGCUUGAGCCUCGCAAGGUCGAAUCCUACCGUCAGCCGGCACAGGAGUCCACCCCGGCGCUCAUGAAGUUGCUCAAUCAGAACAAGCGACGCAGGAUCUCCACACCGUCAGACACGAGCCCCAGCUCGCCUGACAUCCAUUCCCUGUCAGGACUGCUCUCGAGACUAGCAACGUACAAGAUCGCUACCUAUACGCCCAAGCCUGACGAGAUAGGCCCCGUCGCUGCUGCGCGUCACGGCUGGAUCUGCGAUGGCGGACGAGACCGUCUGGUCUGUCAAUGCUGUGGCAAGGCCUGGCGCAUCGAUGCCCUGCACAACACAGCAGACGCAUCUCAGGCGUGGAACAGUCCUGCAGCCAAGCAGCUCCUGACGAUGUAUCAGGCUCGUCUGCAAUCACACCACGCUCGUUCGUGCGCUUGGUCGCUACGGUCUACGCCGGGAUCAAUUUACAGACUCCCUACUCAUUCAGCGCAUCUCCUACUAGCUCGCUACUUUGAUCUGCUUUCCACAUAUCACUCGUCCGUCGACUUAGCGCUCGACUCGCCGCUGAGCGCAGAUCAGGUCAUCAGGCUCGUCAACAGACUUCACAGCAUGGUCUCCGCCGCGACGGCUGAUACAGCAAAUCCUUAUGUAGACCCUUCCUUUGUGACGACGAGUCGCAUUCUGCGCGCAGCUCGCGGCGAUGUGUCGUUCAAGCUCAACAGCGAGCAAGAGACUAUGCCUACACUCGCCCAAUGUAGUGCUACCCAUGUCGUCCUGGCGCUCUUCGGAUGGUCGCUCGCCAAAACGAGGCUGAAGCGAUCGGGCAGCGUUGCCGACAUUGCAGCUUUGCCUCGCAUCCCGCCGAGCGCACAGAACAUGGAGCACACGCUGUCGUGCGACAUGUGCUGCAGACGCGUAGGCCUCUGGUCGCUCCCUUCGCAAAGUCUGUCUGUCCUGACAGAGCAUCGCGAGUACUGUCCUUGUGCACUCAGCUGGCGCGCUGUGGCUUCCUCCAUCCUGGGCGACAAGCCUGCCUUACCAUCGAGCGGAUCUGCGACGAUCGUGACUUCAUUGAAGCAAUUGACGGGAAGCCUGGGAUUGCGGGGAAAGGCAACUUCGCUUCGCAACCUGCCAGACGACCCGGGCAAGCAGUCCUCCGGCUAUCCGUCCAAGCUGUCCAAGAACCAGCUCGAAGCACUCAAGCAAUGCUGGAUCAGACUCGACGAGGUACUCCAAGGGAAGCACGACAGAAAGUCUGGCGCAAGCGACGAGGAUGUCAACAUUACGGGUGAAGGCGAGGAGGAUACCGGAAAGGGAGCCUUCAAGGGGAUGGCCAAGGAGGACUCGGCGAAGGAGAAGCAGCGUCGCGAGCGUGAACGCGCAAUGACUGCCAAGAUUCUUAAGGAUAUUGACCCAGAAACCUUCCGGUCCCAUGUCUGGCGAGCGGUGCAAUGCGACUCUCCAGACGCUCUUCUGCUGCGGUUCCUUCGUGCGAGAGACUUUGACCCGGACGCAGCUUUUCAGAUGCUAUGCGGAUCAAUGGCUUGGCGUCUCAAUCUCGACGUGACUGGCAUCCUCGAAGAAGGCGAGAUCGGCUGGGGCGGCUAUAAAAACGGUCUCAAGAAUUCCGCUCCGAACGAGAAAGAGGCAAAGCGAUUCAUGAAGCAGUUCCAUGAUGGCGUGGUCCGAGCACCAGGGACAGACAGGGAAGGCCGACCGGUCGCGCUUAUCGCGGUCAAGCACCACAAGAUUGGAGGCGUCUCGAGCAUAGGUCUGCAGCGGUAUGCCUGCCUAUGCAUCGAAUCUAUGCGCACAGCGCUGGUACCCCCAGCCGAAGAGGCGACCAUGAUCUUCUCGAUGAUCGGUUUUGGACCGAUGAAUAUGGAUUUCUGGGCUAUCAAGCUCUUGAUCGACAUCUUUGGCUCAUACUACCCUCAAAUUGUGCACACGAUCCUGAUCUAUCAGCCUCCCUUCUACUUCCGACCGUUCUAUGCAUUCGUCGAGCCAUUCUUGCCGGCUGAGAUCCGCGACAAGGUUGUCUUUGUCAGCAAUCCAAAAGAGCUCGACAAGUAUGUGUCUCUUGACAAUCUGCCGAAGUCACUUGGUGGCAAUGUCGAGCGCGAGUGGGACUACCACGAGCCGAGCGAGUCAGAUGAGCGCACAAAGGGCGAAGACGACGAGAAACGUCGAGCUUUCUUUGACGAGUUGGAGGAACUCAACGUUCAAUUCGAGGAUCUGACGCGAGCCUGGAUCUACGAUGGCGACGAAUCUGCCCGCAAGAAGCGAGAAGGCAUUCAGAAACAGCGAUACGUGCUUUCUCGUCGAGGCGACGAGUGGUGGCGGGCGUCCACCUGGCUGCAUCGUGAGGGCACGGUCCUGCAGUACGGAAGGACAGAAUGGACGUACAAUGAUCGCAAGGAACGCUGGGGAACUCGCAGCGAGUUGAUUCUGCAAGAGGCUAACAAACUUCUUGGCAAGGAAGCGCCAGAGACAGUUGACAAGGACGAUGCUGGACUGCUGAAAGAAUCGCAAGAGCACAGACCGAGCAAGUCGAAGCAUUCACACUCGCGGAGGCACAAGCAUGCGCACUAG